AUGGCCAGAGGAAAUGUGUUUGCUGUGACAUUCCACUGUAUGGUGGAAGGAGACAUGCACUGUCAACAACAUGACAUGACAGACAGAGAGAAAGAGGAGGAAGAUGCAGAGCAACAGCUCCCUCACGUUGGGUCCAGAGCACUGGAGGUGCAGCCGUGGGCGGACAACAAGCCGUCAUUCACAGCAGAGCUCAGUCGUCUCAUCACAUACAUCACCAAGUCACAGCUGAACUGCUCCAGGGUUAUAUAUCCAGGUCAGGCUCAGGCCUCACAGCCCCCUGCGGCCUCACACCACUGGCUGCUGUGUGCUGAGGACUGGCUCCUUCCAGCUGCACACAGACCAUGUGUUGCAUACUCCUUCAGUAUGGAUGGAAGAGAUGCACACUUUCUGAAGACUGUGUCUGGGCUUGGAUGUGAAGCGCACAGGUUUGAUCCCAGCAACUCCAAUACAUCUAAUGGUCACCUUAGCAACAGUUUGGCUGGUAACCACAGUGAUAGAGGUGUGGUCAGCCAGCACAAGAUGUGGUUGGAGUGGCGUGCUCCAAGGAAGCGCAAGCGCAAGGCAAGAGGCAACCUGGGUAGUGUCUCACAAACACUGGCAGACAUCAUGGCAGCUCUCGGACAUCACACUGUUCACUUUUUGUACGCCGACCUGCUCAGCGCCGAGUGGCGAGUUUUCCAGAACUGGAUCGAGACAGGAAGUCUGCAGAGUGUCCAUCAUCUGGUCGCCACAGUGCAUCUGCAAUGGGCUGGGUUUGAGGUGGGAGGAACAGAUGAGGAGGUGCUCUGCUAUUGGUUCAGCAUCCUGCAGGGUCUCAGAGCUUCUGGCCUGAAGCUGGUCCACAGCUCUGCAGGAGAUGGUCACAGUGUCCUGAAACAGACAGUGGGAAACGCUCACAGCUCUUACACACUCAGCUGGGUCAACAUAAGACAUUAACACACACACAUGAAUGGGGACAGGUGAACACAUGUACACAUGGUGCAUGGCCUCAAAAGAGUUUCCUACAAUUAACUUUUCCCUCCCUUUCAUUUCAGGCUCAUACAUUUCUUAACAUGACAUCGCCCUCUCGUGGAGAGGAAUGGACGUUUCUUUUUGUCUCCACCCUCAGAGGGAGAUACUGUUGUGUCUGUGCAUACACUGGCUAAUUUGACCAAAAAUAGAGUAUUGGCUACCUGGCAACAGCAUGGUGAUAAAAUAAUUACAGAUUCAAUUUUGUCUGAUGCGCACAUUUUCUUGUCAUUUUUUUGUAGUUGAACCAUAGAUAUUUUGAUGAUGUGUUAUUUUUAUUAUUAUUCAGUGCAAUCCCUUUUACAGUAUUUGGCUCCAUCAGUGGUUUGAACAUAGAUGUGUACAUCUCCGUAGGCCUUUGAAAGCUUUUAUAUGUGCAAUAACUGUUUACAUUGAAAAGAGGCUUUGAAUAUAUUGAGACUGAUUGACCCUGCUGUAAAAUUUAUAGAAAUUCUUCAAUUAAACUUAUGUAUUUCUUGCACUGUACUGUACAACAAAGAAGAUAAUGUGUCAUAAAUGUGCUUUUAUACCACAGAAAAAACCCAAAAUAAAUCCAGAAAGCCUUUA